AUGAGCAGAGUGGCGCUUGUCACCGGCGGAACGCGCGGCAUCGGGGAGGCAAUCUCCAAGGCCUUGAAGGAGGCCGGCUACACGGUCGCAGCCACCUAUGCCGGCAAUGACGAAAAGGCCAAGGCCUUCACCGAUGCGACCGGCAUCCGGACCUACAAGUGGAACGUCGCCGACUAUGGCGAGUCCAAGGCCGGCAUCGAAAAGGUCGAAGCCGAUUUGGGCCCGAUCGAAAUCGUCGUCGCCAAUGCCGGCAUCACGCGCGAUGCGCCGUUCCACAAGAUGACGCCCGACCAGUGGAAAGAAGUGAUCGACACCAACCUGACCGGCGUCUUCAACACCAUCCACCCCGUCUGGCCCGGCAUGCGCGAGCGCAAGUUCGGCCGCGUCAUCGUCAUCUCGUCUGUCAACGGCCAGAAGGGCCAGUUCGCGCAGACCAAUUAUGCGGCCACCAAGGCCGGCGACAUCGGCAUCGUGCGCAGCCUCGCCCAGGAAGGCGCGCGCAAUAACAUCACGGCCAAUGCGGUCUGCCCGGGCUACAUCGCGACCGAAAUGGUCAUGGCCGUGCCCGAAAAGGUGCGCGAAUCCAUCAUCGCGCAAAUUCCCGCAGGCCGGCUCGGCGAGCCCGAGGAGAUUGCGCGCUGCGUGGCUUUCCUGGCCUCCGACGAUGCCGGCUUCAUCAACGGCUCGACGAUCUCGGCCAACGGCGCCCAGUUCUUCGGCUGA